AUGAAUCCUGCAGCAGGGAGCGGAAUGUUACCAUUCGAUCCAGACGACACGACGAAUGUUAGUUCGAGAUGGAAGAAGUGGAAACGUUCUUUCGAGAUUUUUUUGGACGUCAAUAAUGUGGCUCUUCCGAGCAGAAAGAAAUCAUACCUACUCCACUUUGCGGGGGAAAGCGUACAGGAUAUAUAUGAUAGUCUAGUGGGCGAUGGAAAUCAGCCAGUGCCUGUAGGAUCGGAUGCUUACCAGGAAGCUGUUGGAGUGCUAGACGGUCAUUUCUUGCCCAUGAAGUGCUUGCCACAGGAGCGCCAUAUCUUCCGGAAUUUGCAGCAAGAACCUGAUGAGAAGAUUUCAAAGUUUGUUCUCCGUUUGCGAGAGCAGGGUAAUCUAUGCGAAUACCAAGAUUGGCUGGAAGAAAACAUCAAAGAGCAGAUCUUUGAAAAGGGAUCAUCCGACGAGCUUCGAGCGAAAAUACUGACGAAACCAUCAAUGACCUUGACAGAAAUUAUAAAUGAAGGCCGUUCGCUCGAAACUAUCGAAAAAGUACGACAGCAGUUAAAGCGUUCCGCAGAUAUAAACAAACUUUCAACUUCCAAGAACGAAUGUUUUCGAUGUGGUCGUGUUGGGCAUUAUGCUAACGAGGAUUGCUGCCCGGCGAAGGACAAGAAAUGCGAGAAGUGCGGCAGAGAAGGUAGUUUGCAGUAUUGGGGUGUGAAGAUUAAGUGGAUCGUGGACUCAGGAACAGGAAUCAACGUUAUUGAUAACAACACAUGGUACUAUUUGAAGAAGCAGAACAUCGAUAUCCUUUCACAGAGCAAAGGAUCCAAUAGAACCCUAAAAGCAUACGGUAACAAUCAUCUGCGCGUUAUCGGAAAGUUUACUGCAGAAAUCGCAACGAAAAAUCGCAGUGUGGUGGCAGAGGUCGUCGUUGUGCAAGACAAAGGUGCAAGUUUGCUGAGUAGGGAAACGGCAACUCAGCUCAAUAUUCUGAAUAUCAACACAAAUGUCUGGAGAGUAAACGACGAAUCCAACAGAAUUGGCAGGAUAAAAGGAUUUGAAGUGACGUUGCAAAUCAACGAUACUGUGAAGCCGGUUCAACACACAAAAUGCCAUGUUCCGAUUCCACUUCAGGAAAAAGUGCAACGAGAAAUUGAUCAUCUAUUGGAACAAGACAUAAUUGAGCCAGCCCCAAGAGAUUCACCGUGGAUAUCUCGUCUUGUCGUCAGUCCCAAAGCAGGUGAUACAUCCAGCGUUCGGCUUUGUGUGGAUAUGCGAGCGGCAAAUAAAGCGAUAGUACCGCAGCACCAUCCCCUACCUACUUUUGAUGACAUCGUGCCUCAUUUAAACGACUGCAAGUGGUUUUCGAAAAUCGAUUUGGUCAAAGCAUUUCAUCAAGUACUGUUGGCAGAGGGUUCCAGAUUCAUAACCACUUUCGCAACGCAUCAGGGGUAUUAUCGAUAUAAAAGAUUGACCUUCGGAAUGAACUGCGCAUCCGAGGUCUUUCAAAGCAUCAUUGAGCGUAUUCUGAAGGGAAUCAAAGGUGUGCGGGUCUUUAUAGAUGACAUAAUGAUAUUCGCGCCAACAAAAGAACAACAUGACGACACGCUACGUAAGGUUAUGGAUCGCCUAGAUGAGUUCGGAAUCACCAUUAAUCCGAAAAGUGCGAGUUUGUUAUUGCGUAGGGAUUCAAAGUUCGUAUGGAGCCUUCCACAACAAGAAGCAUUUAAAAAAAUUAAGGAUGUACUAGUGAAACCGAAGUCACUAGGAUACUAUUCUCCGCAUGACAAAACAAUUUUGAUUGCUGACGCCAGUCCGACAGGCCUUGGAGGUGUCCUUUUGCAGGAGAAGGAUGGAGUAAAAAGAGUAAUAUGCUAUAUAAGUAAAGGUCUUUCCGAUGCUGAGAAGUCGUACGCCCAAAAUGAGAAAGAAGUUCCGAUCGAAACAGCGUUUGAGGGCAAAAGUAUGGUGGCCAUCGAUGGAUAA